GUUUUUCCAACAGUGCUUUGUAGUUUAUUUCAAGGUAAACCUGCAUCAUUAUAAACUAUACGACUACGAGUGGCAUUCUCUGUGGCAAUCAUUUACUGUAGCAGGCGGCCCCCGGCAACGCCAUAUCUGCUUUUGGCUCUCAGUUCAGCGCUGUCUUGCCUGCCUGCAGUGACUUCAGCCAUCAAGGAACGCCCUUAAACACCAUAUUUGGUUGUAUCUUCCUGUAAGAGUCACCAUAUUUGGUUGCAAUUUCCGAUGACAACUCAGCGCCCCAUGAUGGCGUGCAUGUCUCGCUUAUGGAAACAAACCUCCGUGCUCGCCUCGCGGCUCGGAAAGCGAGUUUUGUCAUGCAGGCUGGCGGGCCUUCCAGUCCAACACUACAGCACCAAGGCGGCUCCUCAGAUACCAGGAAUGGAGUACCAUGAUGCCAUUUGCACCCUUAACACGCUUCAGACAAAUGCUAGCGCUCUGGAGCAGGUAUGGCGGGAGCGCAGCAACCCUGAGCUGCAGCUCCAAGCCAUGCGAAGUUUUCUGGAACGGGCCGGCCUCACGGUGAAGGAACUGGACCAUCUAAACAUCAUUCAUGUGACUGGAACAAAGGGCAAGGGCUCAACAUGUGCUUUCACCGAGAACAUUUUAAGAAGUUAUGGCUUCCGGACAGGAUUUCACAGUUCCCCACAUUUGGUGGAAGUAAGAGAGAGGAUUCGAAUCAACGGACAACCUAUCGGGAAAGAGCUCUUUACUAAAUACUUUUGGCAGGUUUACGGACGUCUAGAUGAAACAAAGGAAGCCCAUGAUGGGACAAUGCCUUCAUACUUCCGUUUCCUCACCAUCUUGGCCUUCCAUAUCUUCCUUCAGGAGAAGGUGGAUUUGGCUGUGAUUGAGGUUGGGAUUGGCGGAGCAUAUGAUUGCACCAACAUUAUAAGGAGACCUUGGGUAUGCGGCAUCUCCUCUCUGGGUAUAGACCACAUUCAGAUUCUUGGAGACACCAUAGAAAAGAUUGCCUGGCAAAAAGGUGGUAUCUUCAAGCCAGGAGUGCCUGCUUUCACAGUCAAACAGCCAGAAGAGGCAAUGGCCGUGCUGAGGGACCGGGCCAAAGAAAUCAAUUGUCCUCUGUCGGUGUGUCCAGACUUUGAGGACUACCAGGCAAACUGUGGACCUCUGAGUCUGGGCUUGGCAGGGCAACAUCAACACUCCAAUGCCUCUCUCGCCCUGCAGUUGAGUCACACGUGGUUGCAAAGAAGAUGUCAACCAGAUGGAACGUUUUUGUCCACCAAUAUUGAGGUGUCCAAUAUCUCAGAAGCACCUUCCUUUACACCCUCCCCCAACAUGAAGAAAGCGUUGGCCAACACUGCAUGGCCCGGGAGGAGUCAAACAAUGAAGCAUGGACAAGUCACAUACUUUUUGGACGGAGCUCAUACCAUGCGCAGUAUGCAGGCUUGUGUGAACUGGUUCCAAGAGACAGCAGCUCAGCAUGAGAGGGAUGCAAGUGGACCUGUGGCCAGAAUUUUGGUCUUCAAUGCUACUGGAGAGAGAGACUGUGCAGCCAUGCUAAAACUUCUGCUGCCAUGCCAUUUUGAUUUUGCUGUGUUCUGCCCGAACAUCACUGAGACCAUCACUUCCUGUAAUGCAGACCAACAGAACUUCAACGUGUCUGUGGAGCACAUGUUGACCCGCUGCUUGGAAAACGAGAGGAGCUGGCGCUUGCACAACAGCACGGGAGACGCCGGGGGCACUCCGCUUCUGAUUGAGAGCAGCUUGUCUUUGGCCCGCGAUAAGAAAGCAGACACACUGGUGUUCCCAUGCAUCCUUAGUGCCCUUCAUUGGGCCACACAGGGCAGAGACCCCGUGCUGGCUGACGCGUCUAAGAAAGUGCUCCCAUUGAAGCCCAGCAUGAUUGCCAAAGUUGCUCCGCUCUGCAAUGCAGCUGAGAUCCACAUCCUGAUCACUGGCAGCCUGCACCUGGUAGGAGGGGCACUCAAACAUCUUUCCCCUGAAUUCGCAAAUGGACCUUGAAUUACAAUUCCCAUGUAUGAAUUAUGUUUGUCAAAUUUACUACCACUACUGUUCUGGGCGGUGGUGGAGCUACUGGGAGUAGUACAGUAUCAUAGAUCAUAGCGAAACAAAUGGGUCUAAAAAACAAAACAAAGCAGCAACUUACACUGGACUGGAAGUCAUUUAUUUGGAAGACCAAGAACAGACAUUUACAGGGGUGCCUUGGUUAGCGUCAUUCUGUUGUGAAGGUGAAUCUCUAAUCAAAAUUUACUUGAACCAAAUGCAUUUUACCCAUAAGAAAUCUUUGAAAUCCAACUCAUUCAUUCCAGAAAGUUAAACAUAUUAAUAUUGUUUGUCCAACAAACAGCUGCAGAGACAUGCUGGAGAAGAGUGUGCUAUUAAGAGAACAGCGUCUCACCUCUGCCUCUCACAUUGUUUUCUAAACAGUCCCUUUUUAAAGAUAAGAUGUUUGAGAAGUUUGGCUUGAAAAAAAAUCUGCAUUUUGGGUCACCAAAUUUCAUUGAUGGGUGAUGGUGGGUUCCGCAGCCAAACUAGUUGAGAACCACUACUCUAAACUGUGCUGUUUGGAGUCAGGCAGCUUCAGCACAGGCCAAGCCUCACACAAAGCCUUACGUAUGCUGUCGUGCCAUGUUUGAAAUCCCACUUGAAGUCAAAUGUGUUGACAUCAUUUGAACGUUGAUGAAAUGAACGAGAUGAAAUUGUUAAAUUGUUUGUACUUCACUUAUUCCAGAAGGUUUGUGUAUGUUGAGUUAAAUGAAAAGUAGUGGUACACCCCCCCAAUGACCGUUGUUCACGUAUGACAAUCCAAUCCUAAAUUAAUUAACUACUUUAAAGUAUAAAGUGUAUUGGUAUUUAUCACAAACGAGCAUUCAUGUAAAAUGAUUCGUGAACACAUGGAACCAAGUCAUGGAACACAAUUAUGGGGCCUUGAAGGACCGCUGGACAAGAUGAGAUUUCUCAGCUCUUGAGCAAGAAAGUGAAUUAUUGAAACAAAGACAAACAUAAGAAUUUUGGGCUUUUUUAAACAGUGGUACAUGUUACCUAUCGCAUACUGUAUUUAUCCAUGAAUGGUGAUUUGAAGUUGUCUGCGCAAUAAAAUGCCCUAUUCUUGCAGGAAAAGGGGACCAAA